AUGGAGAGCAUGCAGGCUGCCCUCAACAAGGUGUCAAAUCUCCCAGCUGAUCGGAUAGAUGGUGUUCACAAGAUCUGGGCGAGGGACUUGAAGGAGCUUGUCUAUGAUAUUCAGGACAGCAUCGAUGUUUUCAUGGUGCGUGUCGAUUCUCCUGUGCACACCAAGCCGCAUAGCUUCAGAAGAUUUUUUGACAGGACCAUCGGCUUCUUGACAAAAGCCAAGAAUCGGCAUCAUAUCGCCGAUGACAUUCAAGACAUCAAGAGACGCAUCCAUGAGGUUUCUAAUAGGCGAGAAAGGUUCAAGUUUGAAGCCACAGCAGCGCAGUCUGAUAGGAACCAAAUCGACCCUCGCGUGCUUGCUUGCUUUGAAGAUGCAGCGAAUCUUUGGGACUGA